AUGGAGGCAGCCGUGGACGACCCGUUAAGCGUGGAUAGCUCUCAAAGCCAAGCGAGAGGCUCUGCGUGCCUCAGCCAGCGCGAGGCAGCGCGGCAGCAGGACGUCCCGCGCUGGAUACUCAACGACUGGCGCAAGGCCGAGGACGACAUCGUCGGCUGCGCUGGUAGUGAGAAGCGCUUGUCGCGAGGACCUGGGCGCCCCGAGAUGGUGCCUUUUGGUGCGGAGCUCGUCACCUUCAUGAAGGACACCCGCAGGGAUUGCGAGGUGCUGACCGCGAAAGUCAUGGCGAGCUUCGUGCGCGACCAGUACCCCGACUGGCUUGCCGGUUACGUGGACGGCAAGAAGAACGCCGUAACGGCGUACGACUCACUGGUCUACUACGCCGCUUCGCUUAUCGCCACGGGUUCGUGCAGCGAACGCCAAGUGGCCUCAAGGUAA